ACUUUGCACCCUCACACGCGAACAAAUAUAUAUGCCCUAUAUUAUAUAUUUUAUAUAGAUAUAUCACUCAUAUGCAUGUACAUGUAUACAUGUAUAUGCAUGCACAUCCAUAGAUGUACGAUCUAUAAACAGCUAGCAGGCCGCUAGCUUGCUAGCGCACCAGAUGAAUAGACCCAUCUAGCUAUAGCGGGAGAAGGGGGUCUUUGUCCUUGUCCCUCCCUCUGCCGUCUUAUAUCUACCAGACUGAUAACCUUGCCCUUCACCAUCCUCUCUCUCUCUCUCUCUCUCUCUCUUAUGCAUAAAUUUCUACUUUCCCAGAUUUGCUCCUAUUUUCUCCUUUUAUAACCGCUCGUAACCAAUCAAAGAGAGCCAGAUCCAAGGUGGUUGUUAGAUUGUCAAUCAAUCAAUCAAUCAAUCAAUCAAAUCAAUCAGUCAUCUUGCCAAUCAAAUUAAAGGAGAAAAGAAAAGAAGGAAUCAAAGAUGUCUACCUCUUCCGCUACUCCUUUGUCGCAGCAGCAGCAGCAGCAUCAGCAGCUCCAGCAACAGCAGCUGGACCACCUCCCUCCCUCCGAACAGCUCUGCUAUGUCCAUUGCAACAUCUGUGAUACCAUCCUCGCAGUGAGUGUUCCUAGCACAAGUUUAUUGAAGAGCAAUACGGUUACAGUUCGAUGCGGCCACUGUACCAAUCUCCUGCCGGUGAACAUGCCAGGGCUGCUGCCACCAUCAGCUUAUAAUCAGCUUCACCAACUGGGUCACACUUUCUUCUCCCCAUCUCAUCUUCUGGAAGAGAUCUCAAACCCAUCUCUGAACUUCUUGAUGAAUCAGAUGAACCCAAAUGACAUUACCGUGUCCGCUCGAGGAGGAGGAACUGAUGAUCUUCCAAGACCACCACCUAUUAACCGACCUCCGGAGAAGAGACAGAGAGUCCCCUCUGCAUACAAUCGCUUUAUAAAGGACGAGAUCCAACGCAUCAAGGCUGGAAAUCCCGAUAUAUCCCACAGAGAAGCUUUUAGUGCGGCUGCCAAGAAUUGGGCUCACUUUCCUCACAUCCAUUUUGGCCUCAUGCCCGAUCAGACGAUGAAGAAGACUAACGUGCGCCAGCAGGUGCCCAAUGCACCCUCCUCCAUCUUCUCCUAGCUAGCUCCACGCACCUUAGACACAGCCCAGAAUACUGAAUCUGACAUUUCUUCUCUGGUCUGUAUUGGCCAUUGCCUCUCCACGUGAGCAGGAAGGGGAGGACGCUCUCAUGAAAGAUGGCUUCCUAGCUUCAGCCAACAUAGGUUUCACUCCUUAGUAGCUCCCCAGCUAUGUGCAGUUCUUCUGGGUUCUCCUAGUUUGUUUCCUCUCUCAGUUUCUUGACAACCCUUCUGGCCUAGAGAUGGUCGGAGGAUCGAUCUUUUGGUCGGAUACUGUCUUAAUUUCCUAUGUAUUGUGCAUGUACUUUAAACUUUUUUAAUUAUCUGUCUAUCUAUUUUUUCUUAAUAUUUAAUGGAAGACCCUACGCACCCUUUAUGCUUGUCGCCAAA